UCCAUGGAUCAACGACGUACACCCCUAGCCGGCCCCGACCAGCACUACCACCGUCCCUCGCUCCCAUCCGACCACUCUGUCCCUCCCUUGAACCAACAGAUCUAUCCCCCACCCAGACCCCAUAGUCUGCCGAGUGUNCCCUCCUCCUCCUCCACCGCCGCACCAAUACCACGCCCAGCAACCCCCGCCGACCGUGAUACACCCUGCGCCGCACCCAGAGGGCCCGGACAGGGCNNUGAACAUCCAUAUCCCGCUCCGCCUGCUCUCCACGGAACUCCUGUCAUCAAGACAGACAUACCUCCUGCACCGCCUCAGUAUCCACGCCCUUCGAGUAACCCUCUGCAGUCGCAGCCUCAGUCUCAGCCCUCAUCGCAACAUCCUGGGCCACCACCGAACACUCGCCCACCCAUGGAACACCAUCCCGCUGCUUAUGUGCAGCACGCACCGCCUCCACAGGGUGAACAUGUCAACUACAUAGUGGGUCCUAUGCUGGAUCCUUAUGGUCAACCACCACCGGGAUACUAUCCACAGUAUAUGCCACCCAUGCACAUGUCGAAUCCAAAUUCGCGCAAGAAGAGUAUGCGCGCUAGUCAGGCCUGCGAUAGAUGUCGCGAGCGUAAGUCCAAAUGCGAUGAGAAUCGUCCCUGUGCAACAUGCAAGGAGCAAGAUCUGCUGUGUGUUUACAAGGAUGCGCAUCCCACGAAAGCCGACAAGAACAACCAGGCUCUUUCCGAGAUGGUUGCCGAAGUCUUGACGUCUCUCAAAUCCAUCAGUGACCGCCUCGGUAUUGUCGAAAAACAUCUCGCCAUUCAACCUUCAGCACACGCUCGUGUUGACACGCCAAAUCCGCCCAGUCAGAACCCAGAUGCUAUGGCUAUAGACAACAACAACCCCGAGGAACUGACAGACAGUCAACAGCAGACGUGGGAGAUCGGCGACCAUACUACGGCAGCUCACAAGUUAUUGCUCCGUUGGCCUUCCAUUCAACCUUUCGUACGGACUAGCAAAUGCAACAUCAGCGAAAACUAUGUCAUGAAAGGCGAAGAUCGUGGCAUAUUGCGUCUGUAUGGUGCUGGCGAGCGUGUCAAAGACGAGCUAGUGAAUAUCGGCGCCGAAAGUCCUGCAGGCAGUUCAAAUGGAGACGAUCUCAUCGCUUCAACGCCUGAGAACGAUCCUCGAAGGUCUGAGCCAUUCACUCCUGGCUCACCUGCCAUGUCCAUGGAUAUCGACACUAUUGACCAUCUGUUCAACUCCUACAAAAAGAACAUCCACCGCUUGCAUCCAUUUGUGGAUAUCGAAAGUCUAGGAAUAUAUCUCAGAGAUACGUUCAAACCGAUGCACUGCGUCGAACCCAAGAAUCACCACUCGCCGUUAUUUGUCACGAAUGGAUCUGGUGAGCGUGAAGCCAAGCGGAGAAAACGUAACGACAAGUUUGCCAUUGGCCUUCUGCCAGGAGGCGAACCUACGAGCAAUGCUGCAUCGCCACAAUUCAAACGCGCACCAGAAAGGAACCUUACCAAUGCAAUCGUGUAUCUAGUCCUUGCCUUGGGCAAGAUCUGCGAGGCUCCUGAUCCCCUUCCUGGCUCAGUACAAGAAGUUGUUCCGACGAGUAGGGCUAACCCCGUCCACGCAACAAUGGCAUCGCCUCAUAUGCAACCAGCUUUCUCAUCUCCGAGACAGUUCGUUAGUAAUGUGGCCAACUCUUCCGCUGGAAUCUCCCGCGCUCGCUCCUGGGACGGCACUGGGAGUCAGCCAUCGGAUAAAAGGCAAGCCCAAAACCAUGAGAAGAUAGCUGGAUUCGUUUACUAUCGCGAAGCCGCCUCUAUCCUCGGCGACUUUACAGAUUCGAACGAGCUCGCGGCCGCCCAAGCACGUCUGCUAGCUGGCCUCUAUAAGGGUCAACUUGCCAGAGUUCAAGAGAGUUGGAGCUGGAUAAGUACGGCAGCACGGACUUGCCUUUACCGCAUGAGAAAUGUAAGUUCUCGUCACGGAAAUCGCUUGAGAACAUUUAUUUAUACCAUGUACAGUGAUGGCCUGGACAACACAAUCAAGGACAAGAAGAAGGCGCGAAGCUUGAACAAGCAUGAGAAUCUAACUAUCCUUGCUUUUUGGUCCGCCUUACAGCUUGAGAGUGAUAUCCUCGCCGAAUGGGACUAUCCUCGUAGUGGACUCCAUCUACUUGAGGGGUCAGUCACUUAUCCGUUACCAACCAUGACACAAGCCGAGACAUGGACCCCAGAGGAGCAGCAGGAGAGAUACACCAUAACUUUGUACUAUUCGGCUCAACUGUAUCUGCGUACAAAGCUGAACAGAAUCCAUACAGAUUUAUAUGGAGGACAAUGUAUGUUGCUGCUCGACCCCAUUCACGAAAUCAAGCUGACAGAAUGCNNAGUAUCUUCGGAAGAUCCUCAAAGGCUUGCGGAACUUCUCUGGCAGCAGACAGAUGACUUGAAAGGCUGGCAAGAACUUGUGGACGAGUACACUUGGUCGGAUGAUGAUCCCCUUGCUUCAGACAUCGUCGCUGCUCGAUUGAGAGGCAAGUAUUACGGUGCCCGUUACGUUUGUACGCGACCCUAUCUUGAUUAUGCUCUGCAUGUCAUGUACGAACUCGGAAGUGGCAAAACUCUCGAAGAGCUAACAAAAGAUGCCAACGGUCGCGAUCGGGAAACCGAGCUUGCAUUGUUCACCGCUAUUUCGAGAUACAAUGACGAGGAGAUGGUCAAGUCCAAGUGCCGCAUCUGUAUCGAUGCUGCUAUGCGCAGUACCGUAGCUUUUGACGGCGUAGAGAACUUUGACCACCGCUUGAUUGUCACCAAUAUUAUGGGAACCGCGCAUGCGCAAUUCGGCAAUAUGCUUGUUCUUGCAGCAGUCUAUAACUGCAAUAUCGACUGGCUCAAGGAGCUCGUGCCCAAGGAAAAGCUGCAAAAGCUACUCAGUCGCACGAUCGCCUUCAUUCGCCGUUUGCAGUGUGCUUCCAGUGUCGCAGUCAGUGACAUUCUGAUUCUUGAAGCAAUUGAUCGCACUCUUUUCCCUGAGAGGGAUGGAAAUGAUCUCUACAAGAACGAGGGCCUGACUGGCGAUUCUAUUGAAUCUGGCGGCUCGUUCAACUCUAUCGACGCUAUGGUCUAA